AAGUCAACUUACAUCACACAUGAAAAAUCACACUAGUGAGAAAAACAAUAGAUGUGAUAUAUGUGAUAAGUCCUUUACCCGUUAUAGUAAUCUGAAAGCUCAUACUAUAAUUCACACUGGUGAGAGAAAUUAUAAAUGUGAAAAUUGUGAAAAAUCAUUUUAUUCUAAAUGUGACCUUAAAAAACAUUUUAGAAUACAUACAGGAGAGAAGAAUUUCACUUGUAAAAUUUGUGAUGUCUCAUUCACGUAUAGCAGUAAUCUUAAAAGACAUUUGCAAAUUCAUACUGGUGAAAAGAACUAUGUGUGUGAAAUAUGUGACAAAGCAUUUGCCCGUGGUAGUAGUGUCAAAGAACAUAUGGUCGUUCACACUGGUACAAAAAAAAAGAACACCUUAAAACGCAUAUGUUUUAUUCACACUGGUGAGAAAAACUAUAAAUGUGAAAAGUGUGAUAAAACAUUCUUACAAAAAGGUACAUUGAAUUCACAUAUGAUUAUCCAUACUGGCUUGAAAAUGUUUAAAUGUGAUCUCUGUGAUAAGUCCUUUACUCGUUAUAGUAAUCUGAAAGAUCAUACUCUAAUUCACACUGGUGAGAAAAAUUAUAAAUGUGAAUAUUGUGAAAAAUCAUUUUAUGUUAAACGUGACCUUAAAACUCAUUUUAGAAUUCAUACAGGAGAAAAGAAUUUCCCAUGUAAAAUUUGUGAUGUCUCAUUCACGCAUAGCAGUACUCUUAAAAGACAUUUGCGAAUUCAUACUGGUGAAAAGAACUAUGUGUGUAAAAUAUGUGACAAAGCAUUUGCCCGUUGUUGUACUCUCAAAGUACAUAUGGCCAUUCACACUGGUACAAAAAAGCUAUAA